GCCGCCAACAGCGCGAUCGACAUGAUUGYAAUGGGGUCCUUUUUAUUUCAAGUCUUUAUAUUUUUUCUGUCAAUAUCUAAUGUUCAUCAAUGUGGUAUAAGUACGCAUAUUUCGAUAGCCCAUGAAGCGUUGCAGUAUUUUGACGAUCGAAGGGGAGACACUAACUACAGAGAUCUYGUUAUGACGCACCAAGAUGCAUUCGUCGCCGGAAAUCCCUAUCCAGAUGCGAUGUACUCAAACCUAUGCUUUAAUGGCAAGUUUCAUCAAGUAUCUGAGGAUACUCACUGGUCACCGUUUUUAAAUGCUACAGUAAAUUUUAUCAGAGAGAAAUAUCCCAAACCUUGGAGUAAGGAGACAGAAAAGCUUGUUGUUUUCAUGCUUGGAUUUGUCUCRCAUCAAGUUGCUGACAUUACUUGGCAUAGUUUAGGCAUCCAACAAGGAUUUCUGCAAACUAUGGGAAAAGUGAAUUUCUUUGGAUCCUUCCCUGCAGCACAUAGUAUUGGUGAUCCUGGYGGGGACAUGAUUUCCACAUUAGAAGGAGACACAGAACAGAUUUCUUCAGCAGUUGAGAACUGGUAUGUUCCAACAGAGGAUUUGGCUGCCAUAUACAAUGAAUAUUAUGGUGGAAAGCAGGUYAUUACAUCAGAYGAAAUAUUGAAAUGUACUAAACUAAUGUAUCUUGGUUGGGUUGGUGAGAAGAUUGCAGGGGCAAAGCUGUUCAAAAAAUAUGCCAAAACUUCACCAUAUCUGAUGGAGGACUUGCACAGUUAUUUCCAAGGAGGUAUUUCUGACAUGGCUGCCUGGACAGGAUUGAUUUGGCAUGAUGCUAUUACCAUGUUAGAACAUGGCACUAAUAUUUGUAAAAUACCAAAAAACCCGUUGUUCAUCCAGUGUAAUAAAUCGAAAGAACUGCUCUCUCAAGCAACACCCAUCUUAAAGAACCCAGGAACUGUUUUCAAUAUGAAAUCAUACGAAGGUUUGUCUCUGAUGGACAUAAAUACGAUCUCUACGAGACGAGGAAGUUAUUUAUACCCAACAAGACAUCUCCACGAUAAGAUUCACUCUCAGGAAAUGAAAGCAAAGAUUCAUACUCUUGGUAGUGCUGAUUCAAACUUUGUGCUGUAUUCCACGGAUGUUCCAUAUGCAAAUUUGGGAUGGUCUUUGAUCAAAGGAAGCUUUAAUAGUGRGUCUUCUGAUGCACUGGUUAUUGCCGCACCGAAUUAUGGUACUCSUGGUAAAAGUCAACGUGGYCGCGUCUACGUUGUUUAUACUGACAAAGAGGGCGUAUUGCCUCAAGAGCAUAUGGACUUAGAUUCUAAAGCACAUACAAUAUUAGAUGGUAUGGAUGACAAUGGUCGACUUGGUACAGCUUUAGCAGUUGUUGACUUCAACUUGGACGGAAUAGAUGAUCUUGCUGUGAGUGCAUCUACAACAGGUUCUAACAGUCUUGAGUACACAGGCACCGUAUAUAUUUACUACGGGAUACCAGGAAAAGGUCUUGCCUCAAAACCAAGCAUUCAAAUCACUGCUCAAGGACAAUAUUACAACCUAGGUACCACCCUCUUAGGAGCUGAUGUUGACAAUGACGGACAUAAAGACCUUAUCAUUGGAUCACCAUAUGCGCCCGAGGGUGGUCCACAAAGGGGAUCAGUGUGCGUAUUUUUAGCAAAAACACCACGAAAAACUGGUGUGAAGUAUACAGAUUCUGAUGCUGAUAUAAAGCUUGUUGGUGAACAAGAUUUCAGUUGGUUUGGUUACUCUAUAGAGUUUGUCGACCUUGAUAAACAACCGCUGCUCUUUGUUGGUGCUCCUACAUUCAGGAUAUGUACCAAUACCGACUGCAAUUACUCUACCAAUGAUACUCAGAGUGCUGGYAGAGUGUACAUGUACCACCUACAAAAGAACGCGUCCCAUCCAUUGGUUACCAUCACAGGACAUGAGACCUUCAUGAAACUAGGAACAUCAUUAGCUUUUGGCAGACCGCGCACAGAUGYCACGGGCGGCAUGUUAGCAGUAUCCGCGCCUACUAAGUCCGUGCAAGGUCGAAUUUCUAAGAUUGUGUCUGAGACAUUUGAACAAUGUGGGACCAUUUACAUGUUGAACCUCAAYGAGAUCAUGUCACAUCAAGGCGACGUACCUUUGUCGGGACUUCACGAUGUAACGCUCUUUGAAGGCGACCGUAGCUUCGCUAGGUUUGGAUGGAAAGUUGGCUUUAUGGAUUUGAACUUGGAUGGAGUCGACGAUUUGAUAUUUUCAUCGCCGUUUAGGACUUCUGACAUCACUGAAGAAUUGAAAGGAGCCGAAGAAGGCGAGGCGUAUGUGUUUUAUGGUGGGCAAGACUUUCCUACUGGUAAAGCAACUCGAGGUUGUACACUUGAUCURAAUGAACCAUGUCCAGCAGACAAAGCUUCUGUUGUUUUCAAGUCCACUGAGGUAAUCAAGUUUUAA